UGUCGGUCAACACUCAAGACAGUCAUGGCAAGCCGAAAUUUUACCAAAUAACAGUACUUGAAUGUAACAAGUUUCACAGCUUAUAUUCAAGACUUGUCAACUUAAACACUCCAAGUUUAUAGUAUUUUAAUUUUUUUAAUAGUAGUUAUCAUUAUUAUUUUGAGCAAUAUAAAAUAUGAAAUAAGGUGACAAUUAUUAUCUCAUUCCAAAUGCUUCAACCCUUGAAGAAUGGCUUUAUAGUCAAAUAUGUACUUUGUUAGUGUUACAAAAAAAUAAAAAUAAAAUACUUUGUUAAAGUACGUUUUAUCACAGAUCCUCACAUAAGUUCAGCCCAUAUAGCAAGCUCAUCUGUGUUUGGCCCAGUUAAGUUUGUGGUAAAUUUAUUUUAGAUUUAAUCAAAUAACAGUAGUGUGGUGUAUGAGUAUGGGAGAAAUAUAUAACGAAUUUCUGCCCAUGGAUAUAUGAAUAUAUAAUAAUCGAAUGGUCUUUUAAUAAAAACUUAAGUUUUGAUUUUUAAGAAAAAAAUAUGAUCAAUAUAUUAUAUGUAAAUUUUUAAAAUUUAAAUAUUUACAAUUAGAUAAUUAUUUGAGAAAUAUCAUUUUUAAAUUAUAUUAAAUAAUUUUAUGAAAUAUCUUUUUUAGUUUGAUUACAUGUGUAAGAGUGCAAAAAUUUGAAAGAUAUAAAUUAUUGAUGCAAUUAUAAUUUGUACUAAAUAAAAUUUGUAAACAAAAAUAAUUUUUCCCUUAGAAUAUACAAAACAAAGUAUAGAUGUACUAAAUCUAAUAAUAAAAAAGAUAAAAGUGUCGUAGCACAAUGGUAAGUAAGACUACAUUAUGUCUGCGGGACCACUGUUUUUAAAAAUUUCUCAAUUAUAAAACGACAUCGUUUUUGAAGUUUGGGUCGAAAAUUUAAAUAAAUUUUUAGUUCAGAUAUGAUUUUGCACUUAUAAUUUGUUUGGGUAUGAAAAAGCAUGAUACAAAAUGUUGGGGUCGAAAAAUGCAUUUUUCCCAAGUUAAAACGUGCUGGCAUAUAUGUACGUAGUUGACUACGUAUGCAUGCAUACAUAUAAGUGGAUAUGCAUGUUUAAACAAGUGAUGAUGAUGAUAAUGAAGUGUGGUGUUUUUUUAGGGGUAAAAAUGUUAAGAUAAUGAAGUGUGGUGUUGUUCGUGUGGCUACCACACUCGUCCCUCUUUCUUUGCAUUAUAUCAACUCUGCGCGUUGUUUUAUCUCCUUAUAAAACCUUUUUUUUUUGAACUUAUUGCUUACUGCUAUCCAUUUUAGCAAUCCAACUACUUCUAUUUACUUAUUAUAUGUCAACUCAACUUUUAUAUGCUCAUAUUUCUAUUAUCAAUUUUGUAUGCUCAACCAACAACUGCAAAAAGAAUCAGUAAAAAGAAUGAUAGAGUUGUAUUAUUUUCCCUUUAUAGAAAAGCGCUUUCGUGAAGUAAGAAAAAAGCUGAAAAAACGAAAAUGAAUCAGCCAACCACUAUAACCUAUUUUCAAAAAAAAAAUCAUAAGUAUUAUGUACUAAAAUAAAACAAUGAAAAUUUAGGGAAAAGUAAACAAUGAAACUUUUAUUUUAUCAUUAGUUUUUAUUAACUAAAAGAUGAGAAAAUCUGAAACUUUAAGAAACUUCUUUAUUCAUUUUAAUCACUUGCAGGAAUUGAUUAACUACUAAUCAAAAUAAUGUUUCAUUUUUUGAAACUCUGUAUUUAGUAAGCAAUAUUACGUUAAUACUUAACACGAAUUAACUUGAAUAUUUCUGUCUCGGUUGAUUUUCAGGAAAUAAACUAAAUUAAGCAUUUCCAGAUUUUUAUAACUGUGGUGUUUAACUGCAGUUAAUUACUUGCAGUAAAAUGAUUAGAUCUUGAAUUUUCAAGUUUCUUGAAAAAAAUAAAAAAUAAGGUGUUUACUUGUACAUCUAUAACUCAUCAUUUUACGGUAGCUUUACAAUCGAUGUCGCAGGCAUACAAAACAGGUGAGAAUAAUCAUAUAAGUAGUAAAAAUUUAAAGAUCCGUAUCACACACAAUGAAACCAUCACACUAAUUCCAUUUUACAUUGCGUCUCUGAAUAUAUUUAAGAUAAUUAAUAUUUUUGAAGAAAUUAUUUUCGAGUCCAAUAUAGUAAAAUUAUUUCCAUUAGUGAUGAUGAUGGACAUAUAUAUUAAUCGUCGACUCUACCACAUAUUUUUUUUAUAAAAUGUUAAAAAAAAAAUAUUUUACAAAAAGAUAAAAUUUCACACAAAAUCUCUCCAUAAAUAGAACCCAACCUAGGCGUGUCUUCUUCCACAUUUCAUUAAAUAUUCUCUAUCUCAUAAAAACCAAAUCAAAAGAUUUAACAAUGGAGUCCUACAACGUGAACAACAGCUUGAACAUAGACAUGGAGAAAAAUCAAGAAACGGCUUUCGAUUACUCAAAACGAUCUCAAUGGCUACGAGCUGCCGUGCUUGGGGCCAUCGACGGUCUUGUCUCAACGGCUUCACUUAUGAUGGGUGUCGGUGCGGUUAAGCCAGACUUCAAAACCAUGAUUUUAACCGGGUUCGCCGGCUUAGUUGCCGGAGCUUGUAGCAUGGCGAUAGGAGAGUUUGUCUCCGUUUACUCUCAGUACGACAUAGAAGUGGCUCAAAUAAAGAGAGAGAACGCAGGAGAUAUAGAGAAAGAAAAGCUUCCGAACCCGAUGCAUGCGGCUGCUGCGUCUGUUAUAGCGUUUUUUCUGGGAGCGGUUGUGCCUUUAUUAGCGGCUGCGCCUGUGAAAACGUAUGAAGUGAGGGUUGGAGUGAUUGUUGCGGCGGUGACGUUGGCUUUGGUUAUGUUUGGGUGGUUAGGAGCGGUUUUGGGGAAAGCACCGGUGGUUAAGUCGUCGGCUAGGGUUCUGAUUGGAGGAUGGUUAGCUAUGGCGAUUACGUAUGGUUUGACCAGACUGUUUGGAUCACUUGGUCUGUGAUAGUUUGUGCGUGUGUUUCAUGCAAUACAAAAUAUAAGCGGUUACGUUUUUUUUCAUAUACGCAACCAAAGAAUAUUUCAUAUGGCAAGAAACUUUGGAAUAUGGAUCCGUGACUUGUUUCUAGAUUUAUGUAAAGCAAUAUGUUAUAUAAAUCUGUCCAAUGGUGUUUUUCUUAAUGAAUGAUAAGUGUCACGUUGAAACACAUGCAUCACUAAUCAACGUACAAAGCAGAAUUUCCGUAAAUUUUGCUUCCAUUUGCUAUCCGAUUUGGUUUUAUUCCAAAAAUUAGGAUAACCGUAAGUUUAUGAAACAAGCAAAUAAAACCCUUUAACAAAAAAAAAAAAAUGAAACAAGCAAAUAAUAAGAUAUAUUAGAUGCAAGCGAACGAAACGUUAAA